CUUUCUCGAUAUCUAGAUAUUUAGAAGCAAACGUUUAGAGCCACGCAAAAUUAUUCCGUUGAUACAGAAAUCCAUAAUGCUUUCGACAAAGCCAGUUCGUGUCAAAUCGAUGGCCAAAAAGAAGAGCUCCGCUCAGAAAAAGCCGAAAACGGAUCCGCAGCAGCAGCGUUUCUUGAAGACCCGGUUCCAAUCGGCCAAUCGACCCAUUUCAAAGCAAUCCUCUGUGCCACCGAGCCAAAGGAUUUGGCGCAGGACUGUGGUUCAGAAGAAACCCAAGCAAAAAACGCGGAUUCCUAAGCUAUUUCGCAUGGAUCGUCAUACAGGACUUCCGGUGGAUUACGAAAGAACCGUUCACCAGGUGAUGCACUAUGUGAAUCCCCAUUUGGCCAGUCGACCCAAUCCCGAACAGGUUUUGGAGCACUUGCUGGCCAAGAUGUUGGCCGAGAUUUUAAGACAAGGUGGUCAUCAGAAUGCCAACAGCCAGCUGAGGUCCUUGCUCCAUGAUCACUGCAAUUGUCACAGGACCAACACGAUCUCAAGUAAGGAAGCGCAAAGCCAGCGCGAAGCUAAUGAGAGUUUAAGCCAAUUUCAUAGCGCUUGCAAACGGGGACCCUGCCGGUUGCCCAGACCCAAACUUGGUCCCACCUACAUGAGCAAGUUCAAUUUUAACCAGCUGAAGAUCAAAAGCUUUUGAAAAACGGAUGGUUAACUCACCUGUCAAUAAUGUCCCUUGAAGUCACCUUUUGAAGUCAAAUUGGAAAAACAGGAAAUAUAAUAAAUAGAUACAUAAAAGAUUUGUAAUAAAUUAUUUUGCAAUUUUGAUA